GGAACAAAAGUGCCCUGAAGCUCGGCGGGGAGGAGAAGGAGGCGCUGGGCUCGGUGCAGAAGGAAGGGGACACCUGCGAGGACAGCGCGCACUUUGCAGCAAGCUCAGCCUGCAGGAUGACAGAAGGUGACACAAACCUCCCAAGCAUCGAGAGGAAGCUGGGACUGCAGAUAUGGGGCAUAGAGAACAUGAAGAUGGUUCCUGUACCUGAAAAAGCUUAUGGGACUUUUUUUGAAGGAGACUGUUACAUCAUUUUGCACACCAAAAGGAGCUCCCGUGGCUCGGCUGUGGAUCUGCACUACUGGAUUGGCAAGGACUCCUCCCAGGACGAGCAGGGCGCCGCGGCCGUGUACGUGACACAGCUGGACACGGCGCUCGGGGGCAGCCCCGUGCAGCACCGCGAGGUGCAGGGACACGAGUCCGAGACCUUCCAGAGCUACUUCCGACACGGCAUCAUCUACAAGAAGGGAGGAGUGGCUUCAGGAUUUAAGCACGUGGAGACCAACAUGUACAACAUCAAGCGUCUCCUUCACGUCAAGGGCAAGAAGCACGUGUCAGCCACAGAGGUAGCGCUCUCCUGGGACAGUUUCAACAAGGGAGAUGUGUUCUUGCUGGACCUUGGUAAAGUGCUGAUCCAGUGGAAUGGACCCAGCUGCAGCAUUGCUGAGAAAUCCAGGGGUCUUGCUCUGGCUCGGAGCAUCAGGGACAGCGAGAGGGGCGGCCGUGCUCAGAUUGGCAUCAUUGACAACGAGAGGGACUCCCCAGACCUGAUGCAGAUCAUGAGGAUGGUGCUGGGCGAGAGGCGCGGGGAGCUCCGCGACGCCGUCCCCGACACCAAAGCAGACGAGCUGCAGAAAGCCAACGUCAGGCUCUACCAUGUCUAUGAGAAGGACAAUGACCUGGUGGUGCAGGAGAUCGCCACCCGGCCCCUGACGCAGGAUCUGCUCCAGCACGAGGACUGCUACAUUUUAGACCAAGGUGGCUUCAAAAUUUAUGUCUGGAGAGGAAAAGCCUCCAGCCCAGAAGAGAAAAAAGCAGCAUUCACUCGAGCUGUGGGUUUUAUCCAAGCCAAAGGCUAUCCUUCAUCCACCAACGUUGAGGUGAUCAAUGAUGGAGCAGAGUCAGCCAUGUUCAAACAGCUGUUCCAGAGGUGGACAGAAAAGAACGAAACACAAGGGCUGGGCAAGGUCUACACUACUGGCAAAAUUGCCAAGGUGGAGCAGGUGAAGUUUGACACCACCCAGCUCCACGCCAGGCCUGAGCUGGCAGCUGAGCAGAGGAUGGUCGAUGAUGCCUCUGGGGAGGUUGAGGUGUGGAGGAUUGAGGACUUGGAAAUGCAGCCAGUGAAUCCCAAGACGUAUGGGCAGUUCUAUGGAGGUGAUUGCUACCUGGUUCUGUACACCUACCUGAGGUCAGGCAGACCCCACUACGUCCUCUACAUGUGGCAGGGCCGCCACGCCUCUGUGGAUGAAAUCACUGCCUGUGCCCUCAAUGCCAUCGAGCUGGACAGGAAAUACGGGGACGAGGCCGUGCAGGUGCGGGUGACCAUGGGCAAGGAGCCCAGGCACUUCCUGGCCAUCUUCAAGGGCAAGCUGGUCAUCUACGAGGGCGGCACCAGCCGGGCUCAGCAGAGCAGCCCCGAGCCGGCGAUCCGCCUCUUCCAGGUGAGGGGCACGGAUGAGGUGAACACCAAGGCCACAGAGGUGCCAGCCCGAGCCUCCUCCCUCAACUCCAACGAUGUCUUCCUGCUGAGCACCAGCCAGGUCUGCUACCUGUGGUGUGGGAAGGGAUGCAGUGGAGAUGAGCGGGAGAUGGCAAAAAUGGUGGCUGACAUCGUUUCCAGAAGGGACAAACACACCAUUCUGGAAGGACAGGAGCCUGCAGAGUUCUGGGAAGCUCUGGGAGGCAAAGCACCUUAUGCCAGUGAAAAGAGGUUCCAGGAGCAGGUCACACACUACCAGCCUCGCCUCUUCGAGUGCUCCAACCAGACAGGUCGCUUCAUCAUGACGGAGGUGGUCGGGUUCUGCCAGGAGGACCUGGAUGAAGAUGAUGUCAUGCUGCUGGACACGUGGGAAGAGAUUUUCCUUUGGGUUGGCAAAGCCUCCAACGCACAGGAGAGGAACGAGGCCAUUGCCUCGGCCAAGGAGUAUCUCAAGACCCACCCAGCUGGGAGGGACCUGGCAACUCCCAUCAUCCUGGUGAAGCAGGGCUAUGAACCCCUCAACUUCACAGGGUGGUUCAACGCCUGGGACCCCUACAAAUGGAGUGAUGGCAAAUCCUACGAGGAAAUGAAGAACAGCUUGGGAGAUGUGUCGGCCAUAUCUGAGAUCAAAGUGAAUGAGACUGCUGACCUGAACAACCUCAGCCUGAACAAGAGAACCCUCAGCACCACCAGCCUGGCUGGUUCAGCUGCAGCCAAUGUCUCCUCGGAGUACAAAUCUCACUUCAGCCACAGUGACAGCAACAGCAACAGCUACAGCAACAACAGCAACAGCAACAACUACAGCAGCAGCAACAGCCACAGCAGCCCUGCCAUGGUGCCCAACGGGGAGGGGAUUUACUCCCGGGAGGUGCUGAUGCACAGGACUGUGGAUGAGCUUCCCGAAGGCGUGGAUCCCACUAAAAAAGAGUGCUAUCUGUCUGAUGCCGAUUUCCAUGAUAUCUUUGGGAAGUCCAAGGACGAGUUCUACCAGAUGCCCAAAUGGAAGCAGCAGAAUGAGAAGAAGCAAUUUGGACUCUUCUGAGACUGCAGGGGGCAUCUGAUGACUCUGGGACCAGCCCCUGCUCCCUUAGGAGCUGCAGAAAAGAAGUGCAGGCAUUUCCUCAGUGACCCCAACCCAGCAGCCCAAUCCAACGCAGUUA